AGACCUGUCUGCCUUCAAGAAGGGAUGGCACUUUUUUAUGCCUUGACGUGGGCAGUUUUUCUGUACCGGGAGCUACACUGAAGGUCCUGGCUCCGUCGCCCCAGGCCAGUGGGGUUCCAGCCCCCGGCUGGAAUGAGUGGCAGGUCCAGGCAAGGGCCCCCGGCCCUGCCCAGCCAGACCUCACCAGAGGCCAGGACCCACGCUGCUUGCCUGGCUCUGAGCUGCAGGCACGUGGGAGUGUGUGUGUGUGUGCAUGUGUCUGCGCCUUUGGACUGCACGGCUGUAACUAGGCAUCCUCUGUCCUGUCUGUGCGUCCUCUGCUGCCUCCCAGAGCCCUAAGAUUGGGGAAUUCGCCACACCUGGGGUCAAGUCUCCGUUCCGUUGGUACCUGCUUAGGGACUUGGAUGAGUUGCCCGGCUUCUGUGGUCUUCUUUCCAUGUCUGCCACGUGGGGAUGUGCCACUCACCUUCCAGGGAGGCUUCUGGAAGGAGAACGAACAUCCAGGAUGAGGUUUAGGUGCACCUUGUUCGAACGCACAAAGGUUUGGCUCAGUGCCUGCUAGGCAGCAGGGGCUCCAAGGGGCAGCCGGGUGGAUGGAGUGCCCGCCCUCCAUCCCCCACCGAGUGGGGCUUUCUCCCACCCAGCUCCGCACCCUGUCUCCCUCCCUCCUACCUGCACGUCUGCCCCUGGGACUGUGCCGUGUCACCCUUGAGCCUGUGUGGGUCCUUGGCACAGACAGCCCUGUGCCCUCUUGCCCCCACCCCGCAGCCUGAGAGGGUCCCCAGGGCAGAGCCCAGGGUGGCCUCUCCCUGGAGUCUGCAGGCCUGUUUCCUCCUCCAGGGCGUCCCUCCCAGCUUCCUCUGGCUUCUGACCCAGUGACCUGGGCCGGGAGAGGGAGAGGGGGCAUCGCCAGGAGCCUGGGGUGGCAGAUUGAUGAGCUGGCGCUACCCUCCCCCAUGGCUGGAAUGCGAGGCCACCAGCCCAGCUGUUUGUCCAGGAGGCCGAGGUCGCUGCAGGCCCCGAGUCUGUUUUCACUCCCAGGCCCAGGAGCCUCCGGGACUUUCCCGUGUUUGUUCCCUGAACCCACUGCGGGGCCUCGGGUCAAGCGAGCACCUGGGAGUUUCCCGACUACCUGCUGUUCCUUGGCGAAGUGGGGCUCCCCGUUCUGCUCUGGCUCCCCCAAAACGUGAAGGCACAGACCUCUACUCUCCAACCCUCUCACAAGUGGUGGCCUUUUUGGUGUCCCCAGAAGGUUCCGGACGGCUGUGGCGGGGGGAGCAGCCUAAGCCCAGAGUCGCCGGAGAGCCUUCCCUGAAGUUAGAAGGAAGAAUCUGCCCAGGGGGCUGCACGCAGCAAGAUGAGGAGGUUCCUGAGGCCGGGACAUGACCCUGCGAGGGAGAGGCUCAAGCGGGACCUCUUCCAGUUUAACAAGACGGUGGAGCAUGGCUUCCCGCACCAGCCCAGCGCCCUCGGCUACAGCCCCUCCCUGCGCAUCCUGGCCAUCGGCACCCGCUCCGGAGCCAUCAAGCUCUAUGGUGCCCCAGGGGUGGAGUUCAUGGGGCUGCACCGUGAGAACAAUGCAGUAGUGCAGAUCCGCUUCCUGCCUGGCCAGUGCCAGCUGGUCACCCUGCUGGAUGACAACAGCCUGCACCUCUGGUGCCUGAAGGUCAAAGGCGGGGUGUCAGAGCUGCAGGAGGAUGAGAGUUUCACGCUCCGUGGUCCCCCAGGGGCCGCUCCCAGCGCCACACAGAUCACCGUGGUCCUGCCGCAUUCCUCCUGCCAGCUGCUUUACCUGGGCACCGAGAGCGGCAGUGUGUUCGGGGUGCAGCUGCCGGCUUUCCGCGCGCUGGAGGACCGGACGAUCAGCUCGGAUGCCGUGCUGCAGCGGUUGCCAGAGGAGGUCCGCCACAGGCGGGCAUUUGAGAUGGUGGAGGCUCUGCAGGAACAUCCCCGGGACCCCAACCAGAUCCUCAUGGGCUACAGCCGGGGCCUUGUCGUCAUCUGGGACCUCCAGGGCAGCUGUGUUCUCUGUCAUUUCCUCAGCAGCCAGCAACUGGAGAACGUCUGCUGGCAGCGGGACGGCCAUCUAAUUGUCAGCUGCCAUUCUGACGGUAGCUACUGCCAGUGGCCCGUGUCCAGUGACACCCUGCAACCGGAGCCCCUGCGCAGCUGUGUGCCUUACGGCCCUUUUCCUUGCAAAGCUAUUACGAAAAUCUUCUGGCUGACCACCAAGCAGGGGUUGUCCUUCACCAUCUUCCAGGGCGGCAUGCCGCGGGCCAGCUAUGGAGACCGCCACUGCAUCUCAGUGGUCCACAACGGCCAGCACACAGCCUUUGACUUCACCUCCCGUGUCAUCGACUUCACUGUCCUCGUUGAGGCGAACCCCGAGGCCGCCUUUGAUGACCCCUAUGCCCUGGUAGUGCUGGCUGAGGAGGAGCUGGUCGUGAUUGACCUGCAGACGGCUGGUUGGCCUCCGGUCCAGCCUCCCUACCUGGCCUCCCUGCACUGCUCCGCCAUCACCUGCUCCCACCACGUCUCCAACAUCCCCCUGAAGCUGUGGGAGCGCGUCAUCGCUGCCGGCAGCCGGCAGAACACACACUUCUCCACCAUGGAGUGGCCCAUUAACGGUGGCACCAGCCUGGCCCCGGCCCCACCCCAGAGGGACCUGCUGCUCACAGGGCACGAGGACGGCACAGUGCGGUUCUGGGAUGCCUCGGGCGUCUGCUUGCGGCUGCUCUACAAACUCAGCACGGUACGGGUGUUCCUCACCGACACAGACCCCAACGAGAGCCUCAGUGCGCAGGGUGAGGACGAGUGGCCCCCCCUCCGCAAGGUGGGCUCCUUCGACCCCUACAGUGAUGAUCCUCGGCUGGGCAUCCAGAAGAUUUUCCUCUGCAAAUACAGUGGCUACCUGGCUGUGGCCGGCACAGCAGGGCAGGUGCUGGUGCUGGAGCUGAAUGACGAGGAGGCGGAGCACGCCGUGGAGCAGGUGGAGGCCGACCUGCUGCAGGACCAGGAGGGCUACCGCUGGAAGGGGCACGAGCGGCUGUGUGCCCGCCCGGGGCCCGUGCACUUCGAGCCCGGCUUCCAGCCCUUUGUGCUGGUGCAGUGCCAGCCCCCGGCUGUGGUCACCUCCUUGGCCCUGCACUCCGAGUGGCGGCUCGUGGCCUUCGGCACCAGCCACGGCUUUGGCCUCUUUGACCACCAGCAGCGGCGGCAGGUCUUUGUCAAGUGCACGCUGCACCCCAACGACCAGCUAGCCUUGGAGGGCCCGCUGUCCCGUGUGAAGUCCCUGAAGAAGUCCCUGCGCCAGUCCUUCCGCCGGAUACGGCGCAGCCGGGUGUCCAGCAGGAAGCGGCGGCCUGCUGGCCCUCCGGGAGAGGUGAGGCCGAGGCUGGCCACGAGCCCGGGCAGAGCCCGGAGCAGCCAGCGGCAGGUCCCGCCCGCCCCUCCCUGCCCCGCCUGCUUUGGCCACAGACACGGGCUCUGGGCCACCCCCGACCCCCACCAACCCUGUGACCUCGGAUCCGUCACACUGCUCCUCUGUGCCUCGGCUUCCCUAAGUGUGAAAGGCAGUCAUUGUAAUGCCUCAGGGUCGCGGCCUCGGUCAGGAUCACCAGGGAGGUGGUGGCAGGGGCUGUGGCCAGUCUUCCCGGAAGGCUCGCUGUUGAGCAAUCCGAUGCCCCCGGGAAGGAAGGCCAGAGCCCACCCUCAGGCCUGGCCCGCUCCACUGCAGGCGCAGGAGGGGAGAAGCAGGGCGGAGAGGACCGGCCUGCAGAACGUGGAGCUGGCGCCCGUGCAGCGCAAGAUCGAGGCCCGCUCGGCGGAGGACUCCUUCACGGGCUUUGUCCGGACCCUCUACUUCGCUGACACCUACCUGAGGGACAGCUUCCGCCACUGCCCCUCGCUGUGGGCUGGCACCAACGGAGGCACCGUCUACGCCUUCGCGCUGCGCGUGCCCCCCGCCGAGCGGAGGCUGGAUGAGCCGGUGCGGGCGGAGCAGGCCAAGGAGAUCCAGCUGAUGCACCGAGCGCCCGUGGUGGGCAUCCUGGUGCUGGACGGACACAGUGUGCCCCUUCCCGAGCCCCUGGAAGUGGCCCACGACCUGUCAAAGAGCCCCGACAUGCAGGGAAGCCACCAGCUGCUUGUCGUGUCGGAGGAGCAGUUCAAGGUGUUCACGCUGCCCAAGGUCAGUGCCAGGCUGAAGCUGAAGCUGACCGCCCUGGAGGGCUCGCGGGUGCGGCGGGUCGGCGCGGCCCACUUCGGGAGCUGUCGGGCCGAGCGCUACAGAGAGCAUCACCUGGCUGUCCUCACCAACCUGGGUGACAUCCAGGUGGUCUCGCUGCCCCUGCUCAAGCCCCAGGUGCGGUACAGCUGCAUCCGCCGGGAGGACGUCAGCGGCAUCGCCUCCUGCGUCUUCACCAAGCACGGCCAAGGUUUCUACCUGAUCUCACCCUCCGAGUUUGAGCGCUUCUCCCUCUCCACCAAGUGGCUGGUUGAGCCCCGGUGCCUGGUGGAUUCAGCAGGAACGAAGAACCACAGCCGUCUCUGCGACAGACCGGGCCCUGAGAAGGCCUCAGGCCGAGCCAGGAACUCAGGGAGCCAGAGUGAUGGAGAGGAGAGGAGGUCGGGCCCCGUGAUGGAGCACGCUCUGCUCAAUGACGAGAGAGUCCUGAAGGAGGUCCAGAGCACGCUGGAGGGAGACCAAGGGAGCUGUGGUGAUUGGCGUUCUCAGAGAGUGGCCGUGGGGGUGCUCCUGAGUUGCCGUGGCUCUGUCUCCUCUGCGCGAUGAACACACACUACUGACGGCCCUUCCUGGGAGCACGGCCCCGCCUGGAGAGGCCCGUGCACUGGGCCGUGCAGGGGCUGGGGGCACCCGCAGUGCCCGCCCUGCCGCUGCUCCUGGCCUUGGGAGAGGAGGGACCCCAGGCCCCUGGGGCUCUCCCUCCUCGGGCCUUGACUCUCUCGGUCCUUUUGUCAAUGUUGCACAGUUUUUAAUCCCAUUCUCCCCCCUUUUUGUAGCGGGCUGGGUUUUAAAUUAUAAAUGUUAACUGCCUCCGGGUGAAAAAGGUUUUAAUAAACACCUUAUUACC